CCCGGUCUCGGGAUGAAUAUUCCCGAAUUCUCCUUCAGCUCCAGCGCGAGGAGCGCGAGGCUUCCCGCUGCAGUGCGGUUCGAGCCCUGCCCUCGUUGCAGCAGCAGCACUGCUGGCAGUGACAGAUCAGCCGUCCCCAGGGCUCCCACGCGCUCUCCCUCCUGCCCCUGCGCUCCUCAAGCCGCUGCACCGUGGGAACAGGGACACACAGCGGCUUCUAAAAGUUUUUUAAAAUCUCUUUUAUUUCCCCCAGUGGAGAUUACGGUUAAAAACAAAUCCAGGUUCCCAGCGCGGAAGAGAGCAGCGCCUGAAGCAGAGCCCUUGCUGGAGACUGCGCAUCCUGUGCCCGGCUGCUGAGGGCAAAAUUCGGGGCCGCUGCCCCCCCCCCCUCGAGGACCCCCCUCCGGGAGGGGCUGGCGGCUGCAAUCUGCGCCAGGGCAGAGAUGGUCACGGCGAUAGGGCGGCUGCAGCACAGACUUCCUCCGGCAGACAGCCGCUGCUAUCUGAUGGAAACUGCCCGUUUCCCAUGCGUGGACGCCGGCUCCGCAAAAAUUCCUCCCGCCUCCGCCACGGGCAAGGUCACGCACGAAGGCUCCGCACGUUUGAUCCUGGUUUUGUGCUCUUGUUUGUCUCACUUCCUCCGUCGAGGGUGAUUGGGGAGAUAGCGGAGGAACCUCGGGCAGGACCUCAAAGCUCCACGGCCGAGCUCUGCCGCCAGUGCCCAGGCGGGGAGGCCGCGGCGGCUCCGGGGAGGGUCGUGCUGCAAUUUUGGGCUCGUGAUGCAAUUGGGGUUUGUGAUGAAACGGGGGACGGCGAGGGAAAUCAGGCCACGUAGCUCAGUUAGGAAAGAGGAUGCGACGCCAGCCCCGGUGCUGCCGGCUGCAUCCACGUGAGCUGCUCGAGACCACAGAGCGUUCGCCAGGCGGCCGUGUCAGGGCAGCGGGGCCAGGACGGGAGCUGAGCCUCUCCGGGGUCCUGGGAGCAGCCCCAUGAGGCUCCCCAGGGUGCAGAGCACGGCCGGGAGCGUCCCUGGCUGAGCCUGGUGUGGGACACAGGGGGAGCACGGCCAGGAAGCCUCCCCAGGAGCAGCAGCACAGCCGGGCAGCACCCACGGGGCCGGUGCGGAUGCUGUAGGAAAAUGUCCCAAGAAGCCUGUGGCGGGGCCAUGCUGGCGCUGCUGACCUUCUCCCUCGGCCUUGCUGCCGACGAGCUGCUGUGCGUGUGCGACGUGCCGCACUGCAGCAUGCCCACCUGCACGGGCAAGGUGUGCUUCGUCAGCAAGCGGCGGGAGGACGGGAGGAUCGCCCAGCACCGGGGCUGCUUCUCCACCAACCUGCUGGAGAACUGCCGCCCACACGUGAUGGAGCAGUACGGCACCAGGUGCUGCAACUCCAGCAUGUGCAACGCCGAGCUGGAGAUCUACCUGCCAGGAGAAGAAGCCCUGGAGAAGGCGCCGUCCCUGUCCAACCUCCUCCUGAUGAUCUUCGUCCCGCUGCUCGCGCUCCUCGUCCUCGCGGCGCUCACGGCGCUCUUCUUCUGGAAGCUGGCCCAGCACCGCCGCGAGAGGCUCCUCUUCAAGCACAGCGACCUGGGAGACACGGACCUCAUGCUGAAGGCCUCCCUGGUGGGAGACAGCACGCUGGAGGACCUGCUGAACGACGACUGCACCACGGGCAGCGGCUCGGGGCUGCCCUUCCUCGUCCAGCGGACGGUGGCUCGGCAGAUCACCCUCGUGGAGUGCGUGGGCAAAGGGCGCUACGGCGAGGUGUGGCGAGGCGUGUGGCAUGGGGAGAACGUGGCCGUGAAGAUCUUCUCCUCCCGGGACGAGCAGUCGUGGUUCCGUGAGACGGAGAUCUACAACACCGUCCUCCUCCGGCACGACAACAUCCUGGGCUUCAUCGCCUCUGACAUGACGUCGAGGAACUCCAGCACCCAGCUCUGGCUCAUCACCCACUACCACGAGAACGGCUCGCUCUACGACUACCUGCAGAGGACGGCCCUGGACGUGGAGACCUGCCUGGGGCUGGCGGCCUCCAUCAUCUGCGGCCUCGUCCACCUCCACGUGGAGAUCUUCGGCACCCAGGGCAAGCCCGCCAUCGCCCACCGCGACCUGAAGAGCAGGAACAUCCUGGUGAAAAGCAACCGGCAGUGCUGCAUCGCCGACCUGGGGCUGGCCGUCAUGCACUCCCAAGGCAGCGACUACCUGGACAUCGGCACCAACCCGCGGGUGGGCACCAAGCGCUACAUGGCCCCCGAGGUGCUGAGCGAGCAGAUCCGCACCGACUGCUUCGAGUCCUACAAGAAGACGGACAUCUGGGCCUACGGGCUGGUGCUCUGGGAGAUCACCCGGCGGACGGCGGUGAACGGCAUCGUGGAGGAGUACCGGCCGCCCUUCUUCGACGUGGUGCCCAGCGACCCCAGCUUCGAGGACAUGAAGAAGGUGGUGUGCGUCGACCAGCAGACCCCCGUGAUCCCCAACCGCCUCUUCUCCGAUUCGGUUUUGUCUGCCCUGGCUAAGGUGAUGAAGGAGUGCUGGUACCAGAGCCCCUCGGCGCGGCUCACGGCCUUGAGGAUCAAAAAGACGCUGAAGAAGCUGCACCACUCCCUGGACAAACCCAAGCAGGAGUGCUGAGCACCGGGCUGCAGACCCCUUCACCGUGGCCCCCUGGCUUUUCCCGCCCCAGUGGCUUCUAAAUUCGAAAGGGAGAAAAAAAAAAAAAAAAAAAAAAGGAAAAAAAAGAAAUAACAAAAAAAGGAAAAAAAAAAAUAACAAGCGAGAAAUCUUCCAGCCCAUUUAUAAAAAUAUCCCCCGGAGCCAAAACUUGAUGCUGGCUGGGGAGCACAGCAGGCAGCCUGCGCCCGGCGCCAUCGCACCCCGCAGCCCCCUGCCCGGCCGGAUCCAACCCCGUGCUCUGCCCCAACGGGGCAGCACCAGGAAUUCCCCGUAGGGACCCGGCACGGCGCUGGGUUUGGGGUUUUGCUGGAAAAGGCUGGUCCCAGGGCGCUUCGGGGCUGCGUGCCCAGCUGCUCGGAGCUGCACGUCCUGGGAGUCCCGCAGAGCCACGGGAAGGUGCUGGGGGUUGAGACUGCUGGGGCCCGAUCCUUCACCCGACGAGCAGCCGGCGCUUCUGCUUUCCAAGCUGUUUGGGUGUUUUCUCAGCAUUUUGGUGUUUUCCAGGCAUUUUCAUACCUUCUGAGGCCAGCUCCUGCUCGUUCCCUGUUUGGGUCAGGGACUACUCACGGCCUGGCCCAGGACGUUCAACAGAACAAGACGCGUGCCCUUAUUAUUUAAUUAUUAAGAUUUAAUAUAUUUAAUAAAGCAUAAAGCUAUUUUAUCGCUUCACAGCUGCACAGCCUCCCCCACCAGGCACUGAGGAGGGGACCCCGCGGCCCGGAGCUUGUGCAUGGCUUAAUUUAUUGCUUCGACACGGGUGUAGCUGUCGUGUAUCGGUCCCGCGCGCUCGGAUCCCGCAAU